AUGUUCCUAAGAAACACUAUAUCUCUGACCUUAGCGGCGCUAGUAGCCGCUCAGUCCUCAUCUUCGGAGCCCUGUGCUAUCGUCGCAUCGCAAUUCGCAAGACUCGAAUCCAUCCCAGCUGAACUUGCCUACCAAUGUCUCGAGUCGGUCCCCGUUGACGUUCAGGGAAACACACAACUCAUCGACGAACUCAAGAAGUUGUGGGAAUUCCAUUCCGAAAUCUUAUGGCUGAAGAAUCCGGGAGAAGAGUGGGAAUACGGAGCUUUGGAUAUUCAGAAGGAGUUGGACGAUGUCAAGACCAACUUGAACUCUUUUUCAAGCGAAUACGCCGUACAACUCGCUAUCCAGGACAUCACGAUCAAGACCGGCAAUUUCCAUUUCAACUGGCGACCGGAUAUACUGGAGGUGUUUGACUGGGGUAGACCGAUCAACGUUGCUUCUAUUUCAGAGGAUGGCAAGGCUCUUCCGAAGUUGUACGUUGCCGAUGACGUCGCAUUGUUGGCUGAGGGCAGAGAGGACGUCUCCGACAUCACCGAGAUCAACGGUGAGAAACCUUACGACUUCCUCAAGUCUGCCUCCCGGUCACAAUACAUUGACUCUGAUGGGUUGGUCAACGACAUGCUUGCCAAGGGAGACACGGAUAACGCAGGCUCUUUUAUGAGCAUGUCGACAUACGGCGGAAACAUGACAGAGAUUACCUGGGCGAACGGCUCGACGGCAUCCAUUCCCAAUACUGUCAGCUCCGAACUCAACUUCUCUGGUGUCUCCGACGGCAAGUCUUUCUUCGACACCUUUUGCAAGGCUCAAAACGAAACAGAGAGUUCCAUGCAGAAGAGGGCCCAGACUGGCGCUGGCGCCCACCCCUUCCUCUCCCGCACGGCUCUUGGGCAAACACCGACUAUACCGAUCAGCGAAUACCACAUUCGAAACAAGCGCCAGAUGCCUACCGCUACUUACCCAUCAGCAGUUGCCCAGGCAUCCAGCGGCGUCGUGGCUGGGUAUUUCCUGAGUGGCACCGGCUACGAGAAUGUGGCAGUUCUCAAGAUCAUGUCCUUCAACAACCCGACCACCUUUAUGAGCGAGAGAGACUUCAACAACGAAUUUCAGUCAACUGUAGCCUCCUUCCUCCGCCAGUGCAUGGCCGCCAAGAAGCAAAAACUCAUCAUCGACUUGCGCGAAAACGGCGGUGGCAACACCAACCUGCUACUCGACGCCUUCAUGCAACUGUUUCCUGAUAUGGAGCCUUUUUCCGGACAACGCUACAGAGCCAGUGAGCCCUUUCUCAAAAUCGGUGACGUUAUCAACGAGAUCAUGGCGGACCCAGCGAAAUCAAACGUAUAUAAGCAAGUCACCGAAGAGAUGAUCAACGAAGACUACCUCUACAGGUUCUGGCUCUACAACCACUUCCGCAACUCCGAAGGCGUCGAAUUCACCAGCUGGGACGAGUUCAACGGUCCCGUGGAGCUAAACGGCGACAAGUACACCGCCACAAUGCGAUACAACUACACUGACGACAUGUCCAUAACACCAUCCGGCUUCCACUUCGUAAACGGCACACGCGCGACGCCCUUCCAGCCCGCAAAUAUCGUAAUGUACACCGACGCCCUCUGCGGCUCCUCAUGCGCCUCCUUCCACGAAGAGCUCAAAAACAUCGCGGGCGUCAAAUCCGUCACCGUCGGCGGCCGCCCAGAAAACAAGCCCAUCCAAGCCGUCACCGGCACAAAAGGCGGAGAGGUCCUCCCAUUAUACUACUACCAACUGUUCGCCGACGUCGCACUGAACGUGUCGGAGAAAAUUAGCCUCAACACUGCUUCGGCAAACGACACUGUGCUCGAGGGUAUUGCGAAUAUCCCUCAGAUUAUGAUGAGAGCUGAUGGUGCGAGUUCGCGGAUGCAAGCGCAGGACCAAGUGCGCAAGGGCGAUAAGACGGGUACGCCGCUGCAGUACAUCUACGAGGCGAGUGAUUGCAGGGUUUUUUAUACACCGGCUUCGUACGCUGAUCCUGAUGCUGCGUGGAAGCAGGCUUGGGAUGCUUUUCUCGAUGAGGGCAACUGCGUUGAGGGGUCUACUAAACAUGAGAGUUCCAUUUCGGGUGGGUUCCAGCCGUAUGGCGCUGGGGAACUCAAGACGGUGGAUCAGCCAAAGGGCGCAGGCGCACAGAGUGCGGCUGCGAGUGGUGGUGUGAAGAGAGGUGGUGUGGUGGUUGCUGUUGUUGCUGUUGCAUUUAGCGUUUUCAUGGCAUUGUAG